AAGCCGCCAUUGUUCCGCCGGGGGAAGACAGCGGGGCCUGGCACUGGCGCCGAGACGCCGCUUAGCGGCCGCCACUGGAGACACUUCCUCCCGCCGCCCCCCCCUUCCUCCUGGCGGCGGCCGAGUGAGCCUGACAAGGGGGAACUGCGAGCCCCCUCUCCUCCUGGCUGCGGCAGCGGCCGAUCCCCGGCUCCGGCGCGAGGGGCGGCCGCGAUGCGCUCGGCCUGAGGCAGUCGGCCCGGCCCCUCCUUGCUUCCUUUGACUCUUCCACGGCGUCUCUGCGCCCCAGCGUCAUCCUGCGCUCCCUCUGACGGGAGGGAAGAUGGCUGCACGGAGCUGGCCGGACGAGCUGGCCCAGCAGGCCGAGGAGGGCUCGGCCAGGCUGCGGGAAAUGCUUUCGGUUGGCCUAGGCUUUCUGCGCACCGAGCUGGGCCUCGACCUGGGGCUGGAACCAAAACGGUACCCAGGCUGGGUGAUCCUGGUAGGCACGGGCGCGCUCGGGCUGCUGCUGCUCUUCCUGCUGGGAUACGGCUGGGCCGCGGCUUGCGCCGGCGCCCGCAAGAAGCGGAGGAGCCCGCCCCGCAAGCGGGAGGAGGCGGCGGCCGCGCCGGCCCCGGCCGCUGAUGACCUGGUCCUGCUGAAGACUAUCAGGAGCGAGGAGCAGAAAAAGAAGAACCGCAAGAAAUUGACCGAGAAGCCCAAACCAAAUGGGCGGACUGUUGAAGUGGCUGAAGAGGAAGUUGUCCGAACUCCUCGAAGUGUAACAGCAAAGCAGCCAUUAGAGACAGAUAAGAAAAAUGAAAAGUCAAAGAAAAAUAAGAAGAAAUCAAAGUCAGAUGCUAAAGCAGUGCAAAACAGUUCACGCCAUGAUGGAAAGGAAGUUGAUGAAGGAGCCUGGGAAACUAAAAUUAGUCACAGAGAGAAACGACAGCAACGUAAGCGUGAUAAGGUGCAGACUGAUUCAUUGGAUUCAGCUAUCCCUGGGAUAGAAAAUACCAUCACAGUUACCACUGAGCAACUUACAACUGCAUCAUUUCCUGUUGGUUCCAAGAAGAAUAAAGGUGAUUCUCAUCUAAAUGUUCAAGUUAGCAACCUUAAGUCUGGAAAAGGAGAUUCUACACUUCAGGUUUCUUCAGGACUGAAUGAAAACCUCACUGUAAAUGGAGGAGGCUGGAAUGAAAAGUCUAUAAAAGUCUCCUCGCAGAUCAGUGCAGGUGAGGAGAAGUGGAACUCUGUUCCACCUGCUUCUGCAGGCAAGAGGAAAACUGAGCCAUCUGCUUGGGGUCAAGACACUGGAGAUGCUAAUGCGAAUGGAAAAGACUGGGGAAGGAGUUGGAGCGACCGUUCAAUAUUUUCUGGCAUUGGGUCUACUGCUGAGCCAGUUUCUCAGUCUACCACUUCUGAUUAUCAGUGGGAUGUUAACCGUAAUCAACCCUAUAUCGAUGAUGAAUGGUCUGGGUUAAAUGGUCUGUCUUCUGCUGAUCCCAGCUCUGAUUGGAACGCUCCAGCAGAAGAGUGGGGGAACUGGGUAGAUGAAGAAAGAGCUUCACUUCUCAAGUCCCAGGAACCAAUUCCUGAUGAUCAAAAAGUUUCAGAUGAUGAUAAAGAAAAGGGAGAAGGAGCUCUUCCAACUGGGAAAUCUAAAAAGAAAAAGAAGAAAAAGAAGAAGCAGGGUGAAGAUAACUCUCCUGCACAGGACCCAGAAGAAUUAGAAAAAGAGAUUAGAGAAGAGCUUCCAGUGAAUACCUCUAAAGUCCGCCCAAAACAAGAAAAAGCUUUUUCUUUGAAAACCAUAAGCACUAGUGAUCCAGCUGAAGCACUCGUCAAAAAUAGCCAGCCUAUCAAAUCUCUUCCACCUGCUGUUCCUACCGAGCCAUCUGUUAUUUUAUCAAAAAGUGAUUCUGACAAGAGCUCUUCCCAAGUGCCACCAAUGCUACAAGAGUCAGAUAAAUCCAAGUCAAAUACUAAGCAAAAUAGUGUGCCUCCUUCACAGACCAAGUCUGAAACUAGCUGGGAAUCUCCCAAACAAAUAAAAAAGAAGAAAAAAGCCAGACGGGAAACGUGAAUUUUCUUUUCCUGAAUUGGACAAGUGUUUGCAAACACUGUCUUGAAGAUUAUGCUGUUUAUGCAAUAAUUUGUGAACAUGUACAGAGUUUUAUAUAAAUUUAAACCAAUUUUUAAAACAAAACUGUGAACACAACCACCAUAAAAAAUGGAAUCAAAGGAAAGUUAAUUUAUGAAAUUAAGAGUUCAGCAGAAUAUACUACAGUGCUGGAAGACACUUGGGAAAAGUCUUUUCAAUUUAACGAAAAUGAUCUUAAUUUAAGAAUAUUAUCCUGGUUUUACAACAGUGCCCUGUUUACAACAGAUUGUGCCCUAUCUCAUCUGCAGCUGAGGAAUAAAGGAUUCUGAUUGAGAGAGAAUGUUGCCUACUAAUUAGUAGGCAGCUUCUUGGAUCUUAUGCACAGAACUUACACCAUUUGAAUCUGUUUUAUGCUUAAGUCAAAGUGCUUUGAUCAAAUGCAUAAUAGGCCAUAUCUUUACAUAUUUGUUGGUAGCAAUUUGUAUUAAAGGAAUCACAAGUGCAAAUAAAAAGUCAUUUAUCAUUUGUUUAACUGAACUGUCAUGGUUUAGUUUACAAUUUUUAAAAAGUUCUUUAUUAAAACAUUGAAAAUGUAGUUGACACUUACGGCUUUUGAAGUUAUUUUUGAUAGUCUUACAUUACUUGAAUUGUUCAAAGUACAGUAUAUUUUAAAUUAAGAAAGGUAAGCUAUAUGUAUUUUAUGCUUUUAAAGAUCAGACUCACAAACGUUGUUAUUGUUUAUGAUUUGAAAACUUUCAGGCAAAACGCAACUUACAUUUUUUCUUCCCCUAGCGAUUACUUUUUUCCAGCGUCAGCUCUUCUUCAUUACUAAUACUUUCUUUGACGUUAAAAAUGAAAUCUUUCACAAACUAGUUAUACAGACAGAAGUUUGAGUAUAUGAUGGAGAAUAAAAAACUAGUCAGACAGCUUUAAUUGACAUUGUCAAGACCUCCAGUUAUCAGGAAUACAUUUUUUUACUGCCUUAACCUGUAGUGCGUAGAAUAUGCAUCAAUUUCUUGAAGGGGAUUCGUGUUUUUAUAAGAAUUUUCAUGUAAUUAUUGCAAUCAUGGUCAAAUAAGGAACGUUUCCUGCUUGAAACUGUAUUGAUUUAAAUGUGUGAGAUGUUUCACCAUUUUCAGGCACUGUGUAACUAUUGUAAUAAACUGGCAGGUAUCUUUGUAACUAUAAAUAGUGCAUGCUCAGCCAUGUACACUGUAAAUAGCCUUUACCAAACGUGUUUGACAAGGACCAUAACUAUCAUCAUUUAGUGAAUUGUGAUGAAGAAAAAAAGCCAUGAUUUAUUUGAUGUGAUUGGCUUAAUUGUUUUUAUGUGGCGCCAAGAAUGAACCUGUUUAGCUGUCACCAAUGGUACUGAUCUAUCCAUCCAACAUUGUCUUUAUUAUAUUUGAUUGUGGUUUGAUAGUAUUGCAUUGUCAUACUAGGAAAGCUAAAGGAACAAAAUGGUUUUAGUUUUGCUGAAGACUGGCCUUAUUAAUGGACAGCUUUCCUAACGAGCGAUUAACUCUUUAUCAGGUGGUAACAUGUUUCAGGAACAUAGCAGUAUGUUUACAUGUUAGAAGUUUUGUUUAAUUCUAUAAUAUUUCUAAAUUGAUUUGUUUAAAUAAAUUCAGCAAA